AUGUUCUCCAAGUCGGUUUUUUUGUGUGUGGCUUGCGUUGUGGUUUUGUGUCUGGUGUUCAUGGAGGAACCUUCGGAUUGCGGUGCUGGGUAUGGGUGCUUUUACUCAAAGGCCGCAGCUUCCUUGAAGACUGAGAACAGAAAGCUGCUGGCUGGUUUGAAGGAGAAGAAAGAGGCUGUGAAGGGUGGCCAGCAAGGAUCAGCAACCAGUAGAAAUGGUCGGAGCUUUGUCGGUUGGGAGUUAAGGAAAGUUCCUUCCGGCCCGGACCCCUUGCACCACAACGGUGGUAGCCCCAAAAAGCCUAGAACUCCUUAA